AUGGCUAAAAGUCGUUUAGCAAUGGCCAUGUCUGCCAUGGCUGGCGGAGUGUUCACUGCAGGUGCUCUUUCUUACACUGGCUAUUUUGAUCUCCGUCGCUCUGCUCUGCCCAUAUCCAACCUAGCAUUGGAUUCAACUACUCCUUAUCUUCCUGAUCAUUCAUUACAAACAAGAAUUGGAAAACUGCCUCUGUACCAGCGCAUUAUGGAACAAGAAGGUUUCAAACGAGCUCCCUAUCAUCCGUUAUUAGUUGGCGGAAUUGAGGGGUUGAGCGACUCUACUGAUGACAUGAAUGCAGAUCAGAACAGUAAUGGUAAAAGACAAAAGCAGGUUAUAAUUGACAACGAUCCUGAACAUCACAAAACUAUUAGCCAAAUCUUAUCAUUGGAUGCUGUGGAAGGUACAUUGAUGCGAGGCAAACUAUUGUUUCGAAAGGGUGGUAUUGAACAUGGAUCUGGAUGGGUUUCCAAAGACCGUCGGACAUUGGUCAUGUUCGUUCAUCUGGGAGAUUUGAUAUGUGGCCACAAAGGAUUGGUACAUGGAGGUUUGAUCAGCGCCAUCUUUGACGAUUGUAUGGGCUAUCUCUUCUUUGCAGAUGCAGCAUCCAAAUACAUUGGAUAUACUGCUAAUCUCAACAUCAAUUUCAAGAACACUAUGCCAGUAAAUAAAACCAUUGCUGUAUGUGUACGCAUCAAAGAGCACAAGGGCCGUAAAGUGUAUCUCACUGCUGAAGCUCAUGAUGCAGAAUGUCUUUUUGAGCCUGUAGAUCCGUCAUCUACAACUGCAACUGCAAACAAGUAUGGCAGUGGUGAAUUUGCAGAUUUGGUUGGUGGAAAGUCCAUCAUGUAUGCAAACGCAGAGUCUCUGUUUAUUAUUCCUAAAGAUACUUGGGGCUCCCGUGCUGCCUAUCGUAUCUACUCAUUCAUUGCUGCUGCUCUGGGUGCGUAACAGUCGAGUUUCUUGGGAUAAUCUAUGUUUUACUAUCAUUAAGAUUUGGUUGAUGGAAUGAACUCGAGACUUUUUGGUUUGAUG